AUGAAAAAUGGUUUAGUAGCGCUCAGCAUCAAGAGGGUAGAUCCAGAACUGGUCAGCCUGAUGCCACGUUUUGGCGAUGAGUAUGAAUUUGGCGUUGCCUUUGAAGACCUGUUAUGGACAGUAAAAUUUCGGGUCCGACCGCGGUUGUGGGUGAAUAUUUACGCGAUCUGGGACAUGUAUGAUGGCCUCAGGGUGAUGAUAGAUGGUGCCCAGCAUGAGCACAUGGACCCGAUGGUCAGGGACUACCAGCAGCUCACGUUUGAUGCCUUCAUGGGUGUUGUUGUAGGACUAAACAUAGAUGGACUGGAGCUCAUGCACGAGGUGAGGUUCGAGAUAGCUAAACUAAGCAUCUACGACUGGACCAGCACUGACCUAAUUAGUGAUAUAGAUGAAAACAUGCUAUGGCUCGGUUGUGGACCGUUGGAUCCUGUUGAGGUGCCAUAUACAGUGCCCGUAGAGUCUGCAGUGCAUAGAUGUAGAGCCGUAUGCUCCUCUUUCGUUGUGGCCGUCAGACAGCAGGAGUGUUUGUGUGUAGAAUUGGAAGCAACCAACAAGAUCAACAGCAAUAUCUCUCAAUGUGACCUUGACACUGACUGGGGUUACUUCUCUGCCUCGGGUCUUGACAAUAAAGAUUCCGACUACUCUAUUGUAGUUACAACAGAGAUUCUAGGAGAUAAAGCGUACGUGAAACCGCUGGAAGCCAUUAAGAUUCAUAUUGCGACCAACUUUAUUGUUGAUGUACCAUUUAAGGUUGACUUUGGUGAUAAUGAAACGGUGACAGAAAUUUAUGGUAAAGAGGUGUCACACUAUUGGUCAAAAGCUGGAAAAUACGAUAUUACUGUAGUUACUGAAGUUGGAAUAGCGAAAAUAAGUGGUACCACUGAUUUCACUGUUGAAGAUGUGGACGAAGGAUACGCCGGUGAUUUUGUUAUGUUGGACACAUUCCAUGGAGAUAGAAGCCGUCUAGCCAAUGUUGAUUUCACAAAUAUCGACUAUGCUACAGGUGCUUGUCAGUUACGAUAUGGAGAUUCCAAUGGUAUUGAUGUAAAAAUGUUAGGACUGGAAGAGUAUGUAGAAACAGCGCACACGACACACUUAUAUCCACGUGUCGGCCAUUAUAAGUUACAUGUGAACUGUACAAAUCCAUACGGACUGAUCCAAAAUAGCACUUUCUUUGCCGCAAGGAAAUUAGACACAACCUACCACUUCCACGAUAAAGACGCCAGUUUUGCUACACCAUUUGCUGGUGAGUGGGAGUUUCUCCGUAGUGUCGAGGUACAGCACAAUGAUCGGGACCAUACCGUGUCCUUGAAUGAAUCAAACCCGUCAUCUUUUGAAAUUCAGCCAAGGUUUUUACGUCUUCAAGAAAAUUUUGUCACUUACAAUUUUGAAGAGGUGACCUUGGAUAAACGUAUAAUCAACGUACAGAAUAUGGUCGAGGAGCCGGAGGUAUUUUCACCUUUAAUUGAUGGCGCCUGGAACUUGACCACCAAUAUCACUGUGCGAGUUCCCGCCGGCAACGCCAUGUUCCUCAAUGUCAGUUUCAGCGCGGGCGAGAAGAUCUUCUAUAUUCAUUACUUGGAGAACCAAACUGAUAUCGUGUUUGAAGUUAUGUUCCUAACACUAGGGUAUUACCCUGUCCAGGCGAAUAUCUCCAAUGAUAUCAGUUACAGUACCGCCGACAUGCUGGUAUCUGUAGAAGUACCGCUCCGCUCUAUCAGCCUGUUUGUAACUAAUGUAACAGAUAAAGAAAUGCCUGUUGAAUUACUGAUCGACCUAAAUGAAGGCAUGAGGGGACCAAUGAAAGUCAAUUUCCAGAUCGACCAAGGAAAUGGUUAUGUCGACAAAUAUUUCUAUUACAGCGAUAAGAUUUUCUUCGCAACCUAUCGUCAUAUGUAUAAGUAUCCGAACUGGGGAAUAUAUGAUAUCUGUGUCCGUGCGUUUAAUAGAAUCAGCUCAGUGAUAGAAUGUAUCACUGUAAAAGUUGGUCAGAGAAUCAAAUAUGUGGACGUCACCAUGCCGUCAGCUGGAAGAUUUAGAAGAAACGAGACUACAAAGUCAAUAAUUAGGUGCCCUAAAGGGUCCGACAAGACAUAUAUUGUGGACUUCGGCGACGGCGAGACUUUUGUUUUCACAGACAGAUAUUUGAAAGAGACGGAACAUUUUGAAGACACUACAACAACAACAAGCACCACCACGUCAACUGUAGCUCCUACAACUUCUGUUGAAACGGGUAACAUGACAACGUCUUUAAUCAACGAAGCGUUUGGAAAUUCUACAACAUCAACAACUAUCAAUUGGAAUGGUACUACGGAUGCAACGACCUCCUCAACAACACUCGAUUUUGAAACUUCGACCGAAUUUAUGGGAGAACGUCGCCGUCGGGAAGCAGACAACACAGGUUUUAGCGCUUCUGACACAGAUUAUAUCAUGUUUGAAUCGACGACACAAUCAGUAAUACAAACAACCGAAUCUAGCUCUGCGAGUGUAAACAGAACCGCCGCGCCGUCACUUGACGAUAGUGACACGAAUUCAACCACAUCUGCAUAUGGAAAUACAUCUGUCCUAAGUGAAACAGACGGAAAUAAAACUUCGUCUGAUAAUGUAACCGCAACCAGCACGCACUCAAUGACCACUACUACAGAAAUGCCGACAACGACAACAACCAUGUUUAUAACGUCAACAAUGGAGCCAAUACCUGACGAUGCCACCAAUCCUUACACUACAAACAACUCGUUUGCCCGACGCCGACGGGACGGAACUAUUGAAGUUACGCAUAGGUACCAAGAUAUAGGCACGUACUCUCUAAAGGUUAAAGCAGUCAAUCAUUUUAAUUGGGCCUGGGAUGUUUUGUGUCCUCUGGUGGUUAUUGCCGGCGAAAAUAACAGUACGUGCCAAUCUCCCGAUUUAGCAAUAGUUCCGAAAUACGCAUCAUCUAUCAGAAAUCCACUGCAGUUCUUCCGGUCAGAAAAGAUCAACCUUACAGCAACGGUCUCCAUGUCCGGAUGUGGUUCUUCCGUUCCAACAUUCUCCUGGAGGACUGAUAAACUCGUCAUGGAGAACGACCGGCGAAUCCGACGACCGUAUCACGACACAGGUAUCUGUGUUCUAGAAACCAAAGAUAAAAUAUUUCAGUAUCCUAUGUCGUCGUUACCAUUUGGAUCGUACGUCGUAACACUAGUGGUGUCCCCGUCUGACCAUCCCCUUAAAACAACGAUGCAUGAAUUUUUCAUGGAUGUGAACCCGUCACCACCUCAUGCUGUUAUAGAAAAGAAUGAUGAGCAUCUCUGGUUCCUGGUGUAUGGUACCACCAUGCUCAAGUUUCCUAAGUCUAUUGAUCCGGACUUCAACACUCAUGAUGGUAUUGUUUACGAUCUGGUUUUCAUGGAAGAGUCAAAAUACACUGAUGUAAAGUACGACACGCGUGAUUCAAUGGUAAAUAAAUCAUCUCUUGUCGUGGCAGGUAUUACACAUAAGUAUAGAUCAAAGAACAUAGUUCGAGUGUAUGAAUAUACACCAUGCUUCCUUCGAUCCGGAAAUCUUACCAAAGACAUGCGAUUUCCCUCAGGAGAAUUUAACUUGCCGUCCGAAUAUUUUGUUAGUGACGUCAAUUCUUUUGCCAUGAUCUUAUACGUAACGAAGAAUAAUCUUACGACGUCAGCUCACGUGACAUUCGAGAUCCGUCUGAGUAAUGCUUCCAAUCUGCUUGACCAGCUGGACGACUUGUUGAAAUCAAAGGACACGACUGGUGUAAUGAGGGCUGUGGAGGCGCUGUCAGCAACACUUGUUGUUACCCCGACAAACAGUUCAGAAGAGGAAGAGUUCGAAGCAAAGGAGGCUAUGACAGAGCUGAAGACGAAAUUGAUUGGAGCCCUUGAUUCAGUGUCAGAGGGAGUAAAAGAUAUUGAUCAAGCCAGCGGCAUGAUUGGUCUUGUGGACGAUUUAACCAAGGAUUCUGGCAGCGUCUCUGAUAAUGCAAGGGUAGGCGCCACAUCUGCUAUUAAAAACUCUGCCGAAGUUACUGAAAGUUUCGCUGAUGAACCAUUGGAUACACUGACAGGUGUCGGAUCUAAAGUGGUAUCAGGUGUCAGCAAUGUAUUACCAAAGGAGGACGAGGUGGCAAAAAAGUUGGCAGAGCACGAGAAGUCGCUCGCUCAGGCCGAGAAAGACGCGAAGGCAGCCCUCGGACCGAGUGAUGAGGAAGAAGAGGAGAAUCCAGAAGAAGAUGGUGCGGAUAUAACUCUUGAAGAAGAUACAGAUGAGCUGACAGAACUAACUGAAGAAGACUUGGCAUCGAACGCUCCAUUACCUUACAAUAAACUGCUCAAGAAGUGCGACCUGCUUCACAGUUCGCCGCUUGACAAACUCUACAAAUAUCUGUUCUUUUACGAAGCCAUUUUCAGACACGUGUUGAAGAACAAAAGCGUAGAGAUAAUGAUAGAUGCAGAGAUUCUCAAGUUACCAAGGAACGACAUUUUCUGUUAUAUCGGUGUCCUAGAAGAGCCAGGAGAUGUUGAAUGGUACUAUAACAGGUAUCUGGACGAGGAGAAACGACGCAGGGAUAAAAUCAGAAAAGACGCGGAUCGAGAUGUGAGUAAGUCUUUCCUCGGUUCAAUAGACUCUGUGUCCAGCGUAUUGUUGAACAAGACAGAGGCCAACCAGACAGUGGAACUCGGUGCUCCUGGUCUCAAGGUCGCGAUGAAAAAGGUCAACCCAAAUGCAACGGAAGAAGACGAGAGUAUGGGUGACGAUGCGGGUGUGAAGAUGCCAGCCGGAGUCCUCUCGGGCUCGGGAAAUGGUUCAGAAGUCGGCCAAACGUUGAUCGUGAAUGACCAGUCACCGUUUACGUACGGUAACGAGAACGACACGACCGAGGUGGGAACUGCUGUUGUCACGUUCAAACUCUCCACACCGGGUACCAAAGACGAGGUGCCGGUGUCGAACACGACUGAGCCAAUAGAAAUAUAUCUCGCAGGUAACCCGGAUAAAGUUCAGACACCGAUGUUAAACACUUUGUUGUGGAAGAAAGGGGACGCCGGAAGUUCUAUGAACUACCACAAAAUAAACGUGACUAAAAACGACACUACUAUACAUGUGAUCGUGAGACCCCAGUUCUCAAACAGUGAAGAUCUGUUUGACGUUCUUUUACAGUAUGAAGGAUAUCCAAAUGAGACCCACUACCUAGCAAGGACAACCGUGCCCCACCCUGAGGACAGUUUUUCACCAAACCUGACAUGGGAGAAAGCGGAUGCACUGCGACAUACGUUCUUCCCUGAUGCCGAACUUACAAAGAUUGCGGGAAUAUAUAGAGUCGGUGUGAAACUUAGAUCGGGUGUUUUUGACCUACAGCAGACGGAGUCAGUGUUUAAUUACACAUUCCAGAUGUUCCUUGGCGGCUGCCGUUUUUGGAACCACGAAAACGAAACAUGGGACUCGGACGGUUGUGAAGUUGGGAAUCUGACGACAGUGAAUGCCACCCAGUGUUUAUGUACUCACUUGACCUCAUUUGGAGGUGAGAUGGUUGUCCCACCUAACACCAUAGACUUCAACAAUGUAUGGGCCAAGUUCAAGGACCUGAAUGAGAACGCUGCAGUAUUCAGCACGAUUAUCUCCCUUCUGGGGCUCUAUGUGAUAGGGUUGAUAUGGGCCAGAUAUAUGGACAAGAAAGACUUGGUCAAGUGGGGGGCAACGCCUUUAGAGGACAAUUUGCCGACGGACAACUAUCACUACCAGAUUUCUGUAUACACCGGAAUAAAGAAAGGUGCUGGUACAAAAUCCAACAUCAGUUUUAUUAUCUCUGGUGAGGAGAGAGACACAGGUGUGCGACGUAUGUUUGACGGAAAACGCAAGACUCAUGAUAAAGGCAGCAUUAUGAACUAUAUCCUGAGUGUCGAGGAGAAACUCGGACCCCUCAGCUUCUGCAGAAUCUGGCACGAUAACUCGGGGGAAGGGAAAAAUAGGUCAUGGUUCCUGGAUCAAAUAGAAAUGUCAGAUCUACAAACGGGAGAAAGGUAUUUUUUCCUGUGCAACCGUUGGCUAGCCUGUGAGGAAGACGACGGUAUGGUGGAUCGUAUUCUCCCGGUGGCGGGUAUAGAAGACCUUGUAGCCUUCAAACAGCUCUUCUCAUCCUCGGUCAGGAAGAAGUUGACCAGUGACCAUUUAUGGCUGUCCGUGUUUAGCCGACCCACGAGAAGCUCGUUCACACGAGUACAGAGAAUAUCGUGCUGUAUGUCUCUGCUAUUCCUCACCAUGAUUACGAAUGCUAUGUGGUUUAAGUCAGACGGGGAAGCGGAACACGCACAGAAUUCUGGGAAACAAACGGUCUCUUUAAAAAUCGGACCUAUCUCAUUUACGCUUCAACAGGUGUUUAUAAGUUUAGCCAGCACAAUUAUCGUGUUUCCACCAAGUUUCUUAUUGAUCACAUUUUUCCGACGGACCAAACAGAAGAAAAACACGAUCAUGCAGCAACACCAGCGGAAACCGAAAAGAGGAAAGUGGAAAAACCUCGGUACAACCUCAAGGUCAAACAUGUGGGGCGCUGAUGAUGAACCUAAAACUUCAAGAUUUAAAAAGUUUACAGACAGAAUGCAGAAACUAGUACGUGGUGGAGGAAACAGUAAGAACAAGUACGGCGCCGACGACGACGAGGAAUUUGACAACAUUCCGGCACCGACGAUAGCUGGAGAUCGAAGCUCUAAAAAGGAUGCUCAAAAGAAAAAGAAGAAACCAUACAUGUUUCCACAUUGGUUCAACUAUAUUGCAUGGAUUCUAUGUUUCUUCAGUAUAAUUACCCCUGCUUUCUUCACCAUUCUGUACAGUAUGCAGUGGGGCAAGGAAAAAGCCAACGAAUGGUUGAUCACCUUUGUUCUCUCCUUUUUCCAGUCAGUUAUUGUUGUUCAACCCAUCAAGGUAUUGUGUUUGGUUGCGUUUAUUGCGUGCGUGUUGAAGAAACCAGAUCUUGGCGAGGAGGGGGACUGUACUGCCGAACUCAACAAUGCUAUAAGUAGGCACGAAGAAGAAGUAUAUGCUAAAGGGUCAGCGGCAAUCGAUGAAAUUGCGAAGCGUCGAAGAGAAGCGAAUGAAUCUCUGGAACCGCCAGAUACCGAGAAAUUGGAAGCUCAAAGACAGGCACGUCUUAAAGAAAUGAAGAUGGAAGAGAUACUGAAGGAGAUUAUGAUUUACGGAUUCUUUGUUCUGGUUCUGUUUUUCCUUUCCUACCAACAGAGAGACCUUCAGUCAUUCUACUACACUGAAAAUAUGAAAAAUAUGUUCCUUGGAAAAUAUGAAGGCAUCUCGACAGUACUUGAAUACUGGGUGUGGUUAGAAAAAUUCUUCCUACCGACACUUUAUGCAGCCAAGUACCACAAUGGGACGCAGUUGUAUAAAUGGUGGGACAGGAGAUGUCUUAACGACUUUGAAUCAAGACGAAUGGGGAUAGCGAGAAUGAGGCAGUUCAGAAUUAAAGAAGAUUCGUGUAAGAUUCACAGUACGAUGCGGGGAUCAGUCAACCACUGUCGUAACGACUACAACUGGUAUGAUGACGACACGAAGGCCUACCUGCCGGGCUGGGUAGACACCAGUGAGGAGAACAGGACCAUUCUAGACGAGAGGAGAGACGACCCAUUUGUCUACCAAAACUCUGUCAGGUUGAAGAGCGCACCAUAUGUUGCCACAUUACAGACAUACAAAGGAGGCGGUUAUGUUGUGAACUUCGAGCGAAGUUACCGGAGAACUGUGCGCAACCUGACCAGGAUUAGACAUGAGGACUGGUUGGACCUGAGAACUAGGGCUAUCAUGCUGGAGUUCACGGUCUACAAUCCUAACUCCAAUCUGUUUGCCUCGGCAGUGAUGAUAACUGAAUUCCCGGCGUUCGGGGCUGCAGUAGCUCGUAGUGAAUUUAAAAUUUUCCGGCUACAGAGCUAUGUCGGUGGCUUUGCUAUUGUUGUCAUCUUCUUUGAGGUCCUCUAUUGUUGUUUCACUAUCUUCUUCUUUGUACGAUGUAUAAAGAAAGUCAAGAAAGACAGAUGCAAAUAUUUCAAGACAUUCUGGGACAUUCUGGAGUUCUGCAUGUUGUGUUUUGCUGUAGCAUGUAUUGCUAUGUACAUAUUCAAACAUAUGCUGACAGAAGUGGCGUUCCAUUACUUAAAGAAACAGUCACAGCCGGAAUUUAUAAACUUCCAGUCACUGGCCAUGUACGACGAAUUUUACGGUUACAUGACUGCCAUCGUUGUUUUCCUGGCUUCAAUUCAGUUCCUGAAACUUCUUCAGUUUAACAAGAAAAUGAACAUGCUUGGCGACACUGUCAAACUCGCUACAAAGGACCUCAAGGUGUUCUCUAUAGCUUUCUUGCUUUACUUCUUUGCCUUCGCCUUCACCGCCUACCUUCUCUUUGGCAAACACAUGAUUGGCUACAAUGGUUUCGUCUCUUCAGCAGAGUCUACCUUCGCUUUUACUCUAGGGGCGUUUGAUUUUGAAGCUAUGAGCGAUGCACACAAGUUCAUCGGUCCAAUAUUCUUCUUUUUGUUUAUCAUGGUAAUUUAUGUUGGCCUGAUGAGCAUCUUCCUGACCAUCAUUGCCGAUGCUUUCACCACAGUAAAGGAAGACACCCAGAAUGCCCAGAAUGAUUAUGAGAUGCUUGACUUCGUGUGGAGGAAAUUCAAAGGGAUAAUAGGUGUGAAAUAGUGUGAACUGCAAGCAAACCCGACCUGAAAGUUCCUCUUACAGAAUGUAUACAAAUAAUACUUUCUUUGAAGGCAAGAUGCUAAACGAGGGCAAAUAACAUCUUUAUUUAAUAUCCUAGAAAAAUCAAUCACAACUUAACCAGAUUAUACCCAACGAUCUAAAAGCCAUAUCAACAUCUUAGUGCACCUCAUUAUAAACAACUCUAAAAACAUCAUUCAACACAGUUUAUUGUUAUCCAUGUAUUGUAUAUCAUCGUAAGUAAAUUCAUGGCACAAACCUUGUAUUAUUCACUAACAAGUUUAUAUCACAGAGAAAGGGAAAAUGUUUAUCGUGAUGUAGUACAUUUGUGUAAUUCAUCAUUGUUAUAAAAUAUUGUUUUUGUCUUCUUGCUGGUCAAAUCAUCUGUUCACGUCUCGAGAACAUCUACAAUUCACUGGUAUGCCUGUUCACGUCUCGAGCAUAUCUACAAAUUCGUUGUGAUGUCUUUUCACAUCUCGAACAUUCAUCUAUUUACAAAUCGACUGUAAAGUUUGUUCACGUCUCGAGCGUAACUGUAAACCCGCUUUAAUAUCUUUUUAUGUCUUGAGUAUAUCUACACAUCCGCUUUAAUGUCUUCACGUCUCGAAAAUAUCUACAACUUUGCUGUAAUGUCUUUUUGCGUCUCGAACAUUACUACAAAUCCGUUUGUCUUGUAUUCUUACGUCCCGAACGUAUCUACAGAUCCGCUUUAUUGUCUUCUUACGUCUCGAAAAUGUCUACAAAUCCGCUGCAAUGUCUUUUCACAUCUCGAACCUAUCUACAGAUCCGCUUUAGUUUCUUCUUACGUCGCGAACGUAUCUACAGAUCCGCUUUAAUGUCUUUUUGAUGUCUUUUUUUCACAUCUCGAGCAUAUCUACAUUUCACUGUAAUGCUCCUUCACGCUUCUGUAUAUCUACAAAGAACUUUUUUUACCUCAGAUAUAACGCUAAUGCUUUAACUACAGUUUGUAAUUUCAAAACACAGAAGAGAUUUUUCCUAAUUACGGUUUUUAAGACGUGACAGGCACAAAAGAUAUGAUAAAACCUAAACCUAAAUAGUCUUACAUCAGGGUUUUUCACUUAUAUUAUAAUUUUCAGGACUCCCCCAGUUUAAAUCAUGAAUUACGAGUUGUUUUGAAGAUUUAUUGAAUCUCUUACAAAUUAAUAUGCAAUUUAUUUAUUCAUAUCAAUAUUUUAUUUGUAUAGCACUUUAUUUCAUUGUUGAUACAUGUACACAUCUUUGCAAUAUAUUUCAUUUAUCAGUUAAAUCUUAUUGACGACUGGGCUCUUUGUGUUACGCCCUGGAAAAAUUAUAAAUACUAUUACACUAAAAUAUUUCUCACUGGUCUUUCGAUUUUGCAUAAUUUUGGCUUUGCAUUUUUGGUUACAAGGAUCAUUUAGAGCAGGUAUUAUGUUUUAAAAGACAAUAAACGUGCACCUUCUGCCACCAUUGUCCUUAUUGUUCUCUUUUUUACCUUCAGAUCUCGGUUACGAUUCAUUUCAGUUAAUAAAAUCAGAUUUAAAAUCACGAUGUAAUGAGUCUGAGACCUGAAUGAAAUAGGGUGAUAGAAUUCUUGAUGAAACAACAAAUGAAUUUAUUUUAAAAACGAAAUCAGUUUUUCCUAUUCAGAAAAAACAACAACAAAGAAUGACAUCACAUUAGAAUUAAUGUUAAAUGAAGCAGAACAUAAUUUUAUGACCAUCUUUAACACCACUUGUCUGAAGUUCCUAAGUGUAAAAGUCAUAAUUUUUAUGCAAUUUAGAGAUAUUUAGUAAUAAAAUUUAAGAAGAUGCUUUGAAAGAAUCAAACGCAACCAAGCAAAUGUAAUGAUUUGGGUAACGAAAUGUGCAACAAACCUCGCCACCCACGCCUUGUCCAAUAUGUUACGUUUUCUGUAUAUUUUGAUUGACUUUAAUCAACAAAGGUACAAAAAGCGGCCCGUAAAUAUUCUCCGUCCAUUGCUUUAUUGUUAUAGUUACUUUAUAUAUAAUAGAUACAGGCUUAGUUCGAUCACCUACUGUUGUAUAGUAAGAAACAGGAAGUGAUUUUCUACAUGCGCAUGAACGAAUAUAGUUCAUCAUAGUAGAGCGUACUUAUGUGAAGAAGUGGCGGCGUCAGUAGAUACUUUCUCCACACUUUCCUUUUAUAUACAUAUUUUUUGGAUUAAAUAAGUCACAUUACCAGACCUUACAGACACACUCCUCAAAAGUCUGUGUUCCAGUUAUCUUUCAGUAGCAAUUAAUGAAGAAUAAUUUCAAAUAAAACAUAAAAUGUUGCAACUUCACAGCACUGUCAACAUUUCAACAUGUCCACUUUCUCGGUCAUUUUGAAACAAGAGGAACCAUCCGCGUGUUGAAAUUUAGUUUGAAAUACACCGUAUUCGUCAACUAGGGCAGUUCAGUGUGACGAGAGUUUAACUGUAGUAGGCGAUCGAACUUGGCCAAAAUAACUCUUGCAUUUAGUUUUCCUGUUUGAAAAAAAAUGUUUAUUUAUUAAUAUUUUAAAAUACGUUAGUUAUUUCUUGUUAUCGGUUAUUAUUUGGAUGAAUAAAAAAGU